AUGGCCGAGAGCGAAGAACUGCGCCGAUUCCGAGAAGACUGGAAGCGUGAAGUUCAAGCGAGAACUCAUCCAGAACCCGUCGUUGUGCCGCCUUCGACGUCAAAUACAGAGGCCACGGUGACUCGAGACGCGCUAGACGCGCCUGUUGUGACAAAGUCAGCAGAGCUAGUCGCUCUUGGACCGAUAGUCAAUCCCACUGUAACCAUUACGACGCCGUCAAAUGGCCGCCAAUCUGCCUUGGAGCUCUACGCACAGGCCAUUGGACUCGAGGAACAAGGAGCGCAUGAUGCAGCUGCUCAGCUAUAUCGCAGAGCAUUUAGACUAGAUGGAAAUGUUGACCGCGCAUAUCACAGACUACAGCUACGUCGCGAGCUCGACGUCGGUGGAUUAGUCAACGACGUCGGUGCGCUCAGUCUCGCGUCGGGUGACCAGACGCGCUCAAAUGCAAAGGAUUCAACCGCUAAAUCCCAUAUAACUUCUCAUAUCCAACCUCUGCACGCUUAUGGUACAUUCAGCGCGUCCAAAGGUGCUUUAGCCGACCUCUUGCCGUCGUUCUUAAACGCAAAAUUUGAACCAGAGGACGAACGACAAGCUUUGCAUAUUAAAAAGCUACCAGACGAACUGCUUUUGGCCAUACUCUCCCACUUUAUCGAAACGGCAGAUACACGCGCAAUUGAGCGGUUUGGAAGCGUAUCCAGAAAAGCCCGGCUACUCACGUUGGAACAAGGAAUAUGGAGACAGCUUGUAGAGCGUACCUACGUACCCCCACAGCUCUCCAUAGAUCCACUCGUCCUCCUACCAUCAUUUAGAGAAGACUAUCGCCAGUUUUACAUUCAUCAACCCCGCGUGCGGAUGGACGGCGUAUAUAUUGCCGUCUGCCACUAUGUUCGCACCGGACAUACGGAAAACGCCUGGGUUAACAUUACACACCUCAUCACUUAUCACCGAUAUCUACGCUUCCUUCCUGGUGGCAUUGUCCUGUCCUUACUUUCGUCCGACUCGACCCUCUCGCCCCAGCAAAUCAUCCCAUUGCUCACCCUGGAGAAUGCUACGUUGGCAAGCGGUGGUCAACGAGUCAAAGGGUUGAGUAUGGGCCAAUGGGAGCUACAUACUGUCGACGAGUCUGGAGGGUCCAAGGGCCCGGAUGGUCCGUAUGUGACCAUUGACAAUAUCCUUGAUUCUUCGCAUGGUUCUGCGCCAAAGUAUACAUUCAGCAUGCGGUUAGGGCUACGAUCGAAACCGGUUGGAAGAUGGAACAAGCUGGACAUUCUCAACUAUUCUUCGAUACGAAUAGCAACAGACGAAGAGACGCCAUUGCUGCUCAAGCACGAACGACCGUACUGGUUCUCCAAGAUACACGUUACAUUCAGAAAGCGUUUUCAAGGCGAGAUACGAGCCAAGUUGGCAAUCUCAAACGAAUCCAAAACCGCCCCCACUGGCGUCGCUCCAGGUGGUGGCGUCCAUGGACCUGUCGUGGUGGUUGCCGGCGCCUGCGUAAAGAACGAGGAGAGUUCGUUGGAUGGGAAAGGUGGCCAGUCUGAGGGCCAUGGUGUCGGCCACCCCCAUGGGAAACCAGGAUCGUCCUCGGUAUCCGAUUCUGUAGAAGAAGACGUUUCGCUCGACUCGCUGCUUGUCGACGUAGGAGUCUGGGUUGAGGUCGACGUCGUUUGGCUCGUUUGGGUAGAAGACGAAGAGGAGACAGACGUUGAUGUCGUCGUUUGA